AUGGUCAGCAUCAGCAAGGCUCCGGGAGAGGGCUGCACUCCAGCAAAGGAGCUGGGUGUGGACGAGUAUAACCGGCUGUUCGAUGAAGAUGCCCUGGUGUACGAUGCCAGCAGAAACGCCUUCGACCGGGGCACGUACCAGAACUGCUUGACCUUUUGGUUCGCAGCACGCUCUGGAAACCUGGGCGAGUGGUGA